AUGACCCACAUUCGACGAGGCGAGCUACAACUAACAAUUCGAAAAAAUCAACCAACAAGGCCACAAUUAUCAAGCCAAUCGUUAACUGUUCAUAAACAGCCAGUGAAAUUAACUCAAGGACAACAAACGGCUUUACUCCAAAAACUGGACAAUGAUAUUCGUCGACUUUUAAAGUAUCAUCGUAUAGACGAUAGCGAUAUCGUUAUCGUAGAUGAUGGCCCAAUACAUCGUUUACUUUUGGUUCAUCCGGAAAGACCUCUCCCUCAUUAUAUUCAACAAGAUGACAACUUACUCCAGCUAUUAAAAAAACAAAAACAAAUCAAACUGGAAGAACCAUCAAAAGUUGUCAAACUAGUGGGCCCACAGCCUCUACUGAAAUCAAUAGAACCACAGAAGGUAGUUCAACCGGUAAAACCACAAACUAUAGUUCCACCAGCAGAACUGCAGACGCCAGUUAAACAAGUACAGCUACAACAAGUCGUUACGCCAGUAGAACCACAAAAGAUUCUUAAAGCAGCGAAUCCACAAACUGUAGUGAAACCAGUAGAACCACAGAUUAUAGUUAAAACAGCGGGUGCACAUACUGUAGUUAAACCAAUAGAUCCACAACAGGUAAUUAAACCAGUGGAUUCACAGACUAUAGCUAAACCAGUAGAACCACCGAUAGUAGUUAAAACAUUGGAUCCACAGGCUGCAGUUAAACCCGUAGAAUCGCAAACUGUAGUUGAACCACCAGAUCCACAACAGAUAAUCAAGUCAAUGGAACCACAGGCAGUAGUUCAACCAGUAGAACCACAUAAGGCAGUUGAAACCGUAGAACCACACACUGUCGUUGAAACCGUAGAACCACACACUGUCGUUGAAACCGUAGAGCCACAAACUAUAGUUAAACCUGAAGAAUCAGAGAAGGUUGUCAUACCUGAGGAAGCACAGACAGUAGUUAACACAGUAGAACCACAUAAGGCAGUUAAAACUGUAGAACUACAAGCUAUAGUUAAACCUGAAGAAUUAGAGAAGGUUGUCAUACCUGAGGAACCACAGACAGUAGUUAACACGGUAGAACCACAUAAGGCAGUUAAAACUGUAGAACUACAAGCUAUAGUUAAACCUGAAGAAUUAGAGAAGGUUGUUAAGUCUGAGGAACCACAGACUGUAGUUAAACCCGUACAACCACAAACUCUAGUUAAACCUGAAGAACAAAAGAAGGUUAUUAAUUCUGAGCAACCGAAUACGGUAAUUAAACCGGUAGAACCACAAAAGGUUGUUACAUCAGUGGAACAACAGACUGUAGUUAAACCAGAACAGCCAAAGAAGAAUAUCAAAUCCGAAGAACCAGAGAAGAUGAUUACACUAGAAGAACCAAAUAAGGUUGUCAAAGCUGAGAAACCAGAGCUGUUAGUUAAGCCAGAAGAAUCAAGAAAGAUCGUCAAACCUGAAGAUCCACAAAAAGAAGUCAAAGCAGAAGAACCAAAGAAGAUCAUUAAAUCUGGAGAACCUCAGAAAGUGCUUAAAACAGAAGAACCAAAGAAGGUUGCCAAACCUGAGGAAUUACAGAAGGUAGUUAAACCAGAAGGACCGAAGAAGAUCAUCAAACCUGAAGAACCACAAAAAGAGGUCAAACCAGAAGAACAAAAGAAAGUCGUCAAACCUGAAGCAUCGCAGAUGGUGGCUAAAGCAGAAGAACCAAAGAAGGCUGUCAAGCCUGAGUUACCACAGAAGGUCGUUAAACCUGAAGAACCAAAGAAGAUCAUCAAGCCUGAAGAACCACAGAAGAUGGAUAAGCCAGAGGGAUCAAAGAAGAUCGUCAAAUCUGAAGAUCCACGAAAAGAAGUCAAAGCAGAAGAACCAAAGAAGAUCAUCAGGUCUAGAGAACCACAGAAUGUGCUUAAACCAGAAGAACCAAAGAAAGUUGUCAAACCUGAGGAACCACGAAAUGUAGUUAAACUGGAGAAUCCAAAGAAGGUUGUUAAAAGUGAGGAACCACAGAAGACAGUCAAACCAGAAGAACUAAAGAAAGUUGUCAAAUCAGAAGAACCAAAGAAGAUUGUCAAGCCUCAAGAAGCAAAGAAGGUUGUCAAGCCUGAAGAACCACAGAAGUUUGUCAAACUUGAAGAAGUGAAAAAACUUAUCAAAUCAGAAGAACCAAAGAAGGUAGUUAAAAGAGAAGAACGACAGACGGUCGUCGAGUCUGAAGAGCGAAAGAAAGUUGUCAAAUCUGAAGAGCCACAGGAUGUAGCAAAGGUAGAAGUAGCAAAAAAGGAUGUUAAAACUAAAGAAUCAAAGAAAUUAGUCAAUGCUGCAGAUGCAAAGAAGAUAUUCCAACCUGAAGUAUCGCGGAGCGUAGUGCAAUCGGAAGUAACAAAGAAGGUUGUCAAAGAAGAGAAAUCAAGAAAGCAACAUAAAGAUCAAGCACAGAAGGUACUAUUACUAACUCAAAAAAGAGAACGCAACAUUGUGGAUGCCUUAAUACAACAGUCGGUACCACUAGUCGAACGGUCGCUUUCAGUUGAAGCAGGAUCAGUAUCAAUGAUUCGAAAUACUUUAAAAAAUCGUAAUGGUUUUAUGCCGUUGCCAGUUAUGUUCGAAAGUGGUGCAGCUAUAUCUGUUUCAUCACAUGAAUAUGUCCCACGAGGAACUUUUCGGCAAAAACAACAAGAACCAGCAAGACUAGUUAGGAUUCCAUUUGGAAUAUCGAUUGGUAGUUAA